AUGAGCGUGAUAGAUAUUGUGUUCAGACUCGACGACAUAUGCAAGAAAUACGAGAAAUACGACGUUGAAAAGCAGCGUUCCCUCAAGACCUCCUCUGAGGAUGCCUUUGCUCGCCUCUUUGCUUCCUUCGAGUCCCAAAUCGAAGCUGCUCUCCAGAAGUCGGAGAUGGCUGCAAUGGAGACAAGCAGGGCAAAGGUGGUGGCUAUGAAUGCUGAGGUUCGGCGCGUAAAGGCCAGAUUAAUGGAAGAGGUUCCUAAAUUGCAGAAACUCGCCCAGAAGAAGGUCAAGGGGAUCACAAAGGAAGAACUAGAGAUUCGUUACGAUCUGGUUCUAGCAUUACCGGAGAGGAUCCGUGCCAUACCAGAUGGAACUUCCAGUGCUGCAAAACAAACAGGAGGUUGGGGUGCUUCAGCGUCUAAAAGAAAUAUUAAAUUUGACUCAGAUGGGCACUUCGGUGAUGAUUUCUUUCAACAAUCUGAAGAAUCAAGCCAAUUUAGGGAAGAGUAUGAAAUGCGCAAACUAAAACAGGAUCAAGGUUUAGACGUUAUCUCAGAAGGUCUGGAUACACUGAAAAAUCUGGCUCAAGAUAUGAAUGAGGAGCUGGAUAGGCAAGUUCCCUUAAUUGAUGAAAUUGACACUAAGGUGGACAAAGCAACAUCUGAGCUCAAAAACACAAACGUUAAACUCAAGCACAAAAUAACUGAGAUUAGGUCCAGUCAAAACAUGUGUAUCGACAUCAUUCUUUUAUGUAUUCUUCUCGGAAUCGCUGCCUACUUGUACAAUAUACUGACUAACUAGUCGACACGUUCUCAUCUCCCUGAUGAUCUUCCGGUCUGGUACUUGCAGUCGCUUUGCUGCACUUCG